AUGGCAGCAACGGGCUCUGCCACAGCCAAAACUGCCAAGUCCUGCAAAAAGUAUCGAACGGUGAAGCGGCACGCUGGCAUCUACACCUACCAGGAGCCGCCCCACAGCAACUCGGAUGAUGAUAUCGGUGAAGAAAAGGCUGAGAGCCAUGACCCAGAGCAGAUCUUUCAGAACAUCCAGUACCAGAAGGAGAUUAUGUCCAACAUCCGCUGCCGGCCGUGGCCGAUGAGGCAGAAGCUGAGGGCACUCAGGCAGGCGAAGGAGAUCGUGCUGAAGUAUGAAGGGAGACUCACAAGAACAAGAGGUUACCAAGCUGCUGGUGCAGAGCUUUGGAGGAAGUUUAUUCGACUUGCGUAUAAUUUUGUGGUGAUCUUUAUUCCUUGGGAAAUGAGAAUAAAGAAAAUUGAGAGUCAUUUUGGGUCUGGAGUUGCCUCUUACUUCAUCUUCUUGAGAUGGCUAUUUGGAAUCAAUAUUGUACUUACCAUAAUGACAGGAGCAUUCGUAGUCUUACCAGAGCUACUGGUUGGAGCACCGUUUGGCAGCACAGUCAGCAAGACCAUUCCCAAGGAGCAUAUUGCAUCUGCUCAAGACCUGGACACCAUUUGGUCACUAGGGGGCUACCUCCAGUACUCUGUUUUAUUUUAUGGUUACUAUGGUCGUGACAGGAAGAUUGGGAAAGCUGGAUACCGGCUGCCUCUCGCCUACUUCCUUGUUGGAAUGGCAGUGUUUGCUUACAGCUUCAUCAUCCUCUUAAAAAAAAUGGCAAAGAACUCAAGAAUGAGUUUAGCAAGUGCCUCUGAUGAAAAUUACACUUUCUGUUGGAGACUCUUCUGUGCUUGGGACUACUUAAUAGGAAACCCUGAGGCUGCAGAGAGCAAAGCUGCUGCCAUAGUUAAUAGCAUUAGGGAAGCUAUAUUGGAAGAGCAGGAAAAGAAGAAAAGCAAAAACUUGGCGGUGACCAUAAGCUUAAGAAUUAUUGCAAACAUCCUUGUGCUUCUCUCCCUUGCUGGAAGUAUUUACAUCAUAUACUUUGUUGUGGAUCGAUCCCAAAGGUUAGAGCGCACCAAAAAGGAAUUGACUCUUUGGGAAAAAAAUGAGGUAAGCGUAGUUGUGUCACUGAUUACAAUGAUUGCACCCUCUGCUUUUGAACUUGUGGCAGCUCUGGAGAUGUAUCAUCCCAGGACCACUCUUCGCUUCCAACUUGCCAGGGUUCUUGUUCUAUACCUGGGAAACCUCUACAGUUUAAUCAUUGCUCUCCUGGAUAAAGUGGACAGUAUGAGUGUCACU